GUGUAAAUAUUACAAAUAUAAACAACCUUGACUCUAAAAGUGAACGUGAAAGGUCCUCCUUCUCCGCUGCUCCUUCCAACCACCGACCGUCUCUGUCCUCCUCCUCGGCUUCUCCGUCAGACUCAGCCGCACUGACCCCACCGACACGACGGAGGAGCGGAGCGGAGACUCGGUAUUUACGUGAGACUGACCGAGGUCAAGGUGGGAGGGUGCAGCCUCACAGCCAGUCUGUCUCCCGAUAUUGUUCCUGAGAGGAGAACUGAACUGAAUGCAGGCAGCACUGGUGAGAGAGGUGUUGGAGGCCAAGGAUUUAAUAGACCUGUCAACUGUCUCGAGAGGGGAGCAACGGAGGACGAUAAACACGAGAUUGGCCAGGAGGAGACGGAGAUAAGAAAAAAGGCUGGUGAUUGUAACUGAGGAGAGAGUCGUACAACACAGGAAUGAAGUAGUGAAAGACAUAUUGGCGCGUGUCUGAUACGAAUGGACACCUGUGGAGUCCAUACGUCGAUGAUUCACAGCUGGUUUUGCAGCUUGAGCCUGACCAUGUUCACUGGAGAGAGAUCAUGACUUUACUCAACGAGUCAGACGAGGCCUCCUCUCCCACCUUCCCUCUCCCCUCCUUUGAGCAUAAUUUCUCUGUCCUUGUCACCAAUGACCCCUCAUACCCCUCUGUGUCCUUGCCCUCCUCCUCCUCCCUGCUGACAUCCUCCAACUGCACAAACUCUACUUUGACCACGUCUCCUCCGUACAACUUCUACGCGGUGCUGUUAGUCCUCCUGAUCUUCUGUGUGGUUUUUGGUAAUGUGCUGGUGUGCGUGGCCGUGUCCCGGGAACGCGUUCUGCAGACAACCACCAACUACCUCAUCGUCUCCCUGGCUGUGUCCGACCUGCUGCUGGCCACGCUGGUCAUGCCCUGGGUGGUCUACCUAGAGGUGGUGGGAGAGUGGCGCUUCAGUCUCAUCCACUGUGACAUCCUGCUCACCCUGGAUGUCAUGAUGUGCACCGCCAGUAUCCUCAACCUCUGCGCCAUCAGCAUCGACAGAUACACAGCGGUGGCCAUGCCGUUGCUCUACAACACCAGAUACAGCUCCAGGAGGAGGGUGGCAGUGAUGAUUGCUGUGGUGUGGUUCCUCUCUUUCGCCAUCUCUUGCCCUUUACUAUUUGGGCUGAACAAUACUGCGAGCCGUGAAGGCACCACUUGCAGCUUUGCAGACCCAGCCUUUGUGGUGUACUCAUCUGUGGCUUCCUUCUACGUUCCUUUCAUCGUAACUUUGCUGGUGUAUGCACAGAUUUGCGUGGUGCUGCGCAAACGAGGCAGACGCACCGCCCCACCGUGCAGACAUGGUCUGCUCACUCAAAGCGAAGCCGAGGCAGGGGAAGGCCAGCGGCACCGGAAGAAUAAAUGUACACAACCAGAAGACGUAAAGUUGUGCACAAUGAUCCUGAGACCUGCCACGGCAGCCCCACAGCGCAAGAAAGUGACCCUGGUGAAGGAGGCGUUGGUUCACCCCGUUGAGGUGGAACCAGGUCAGUUCCUUCCACGGACCGAGCAGAGCCUGCCUCCUCCCCCUGCUCCCCAGACCUCGUCCUCUCACUCCAGACGGGCCCGGAUCUCCCUGUCCAUCUCAGUUGGACCUGCCCCUGUUCUUCCCUCAACUGUGACGCGAUCUGCCCUGACACCUCGUCCUCCGACCCUCGAUGACGGCAUGAGGGGCCGGGAGGGAUGGAGGGAACGCAGCGGCGGCAGGGAGAAAUGGUGCAUCACCAAGGAGAGGGUGAGAGGGAGGCUGUCGCAGCAGAAGGAGCGAAAGGCAACGCAGAUGCUCGCGAUUGUGCUCGGUGUGUUCAUCAUCUGCUGGCUGCCUUUCUUCUUGACCCAUGUGCUGAAGGCCCACUGCAGGAGCUGCUGCAUCUCACCCUCACUGUACAGCGCCGUUACCUGGCUGGGAUACCUCAACAGUGCCGUCAACCCUGUCAUCUACACCACUUUCAACGUUGAAUUUCGCAAAGCCUUCAUCAAGAUCUUGCACUGCUAGGCCAGACAUAUAAGAGGCAUCGGCUGUCAAGAAACAGAGAAGAAGCCUGACAUUGGUUUAGGAUUUGAGAGCAGAGAAUAGAAGAGGAGGUAAAGAAUAAGAACUCUGGCGGGUAGACGGAAUGAGACAAUACACUGGACAAGUGAUAAGUCAAAGUGUGACAUGCUUUAAGGAAAAUUAACGAUGAGAAAGGUGUAACUUGUAAGUCUGAUGGCAGAGAACAUGGCAUACAGGGGGGGGGGAAGGGUGACAAUUUGCAGACAGCUACAAGAAACACAAGCAAGCUGGAGGUAUUUAUAAAAAAGCAGACAUGCACUGUGAUGUGUACAUAUAUUUUGAAAAGGGAAUAUGUGAGGACAGAGAAUCUCACCGCAACACCCUGACUCAGAGCCUCCACAUAUGUAAAACUCCCAGUGACGUGACAAUUUUUCCAAUUUGGAACACUUGAUUUGUGUUCGCCGUUGCGACUCGCUGUCGUAUUUUCUUGUAAUCUUGACAAACCAUCUUGUUAUCCGUCCGCAUGUUUUUCAAAGAGGAUUGGAAAGUGUCAAAGCAGAAAAAGAAACUUGAUGUAUAAGUCCAGAUUUAAACUUUGUUUUACUCUCAUGCCCCACUCUUGAUCUUUUCUCACACUUUUUUGACACCUUUUUAAAAACUAUAUCCAGUUACAAUUAUAGAUUUGGAACUGUUUUAAUCCAAUUUAAUGUGUUUUUUUUUUUUUUACUUUAAAGAAGUGUGCAUUCGUAUACAAUUUUAUGUUAUAAAUAAUCAUUUACCAGCUCAGAACUUGUACAGCCCAGUUAUAAACACAGUAGUAUUUUCAUUCAGCACUCAUUUUAUUUUGAAAAUCUCACUGUCCUCAUGAAUUGAAAACCCUAACAAAUUGAGAUUUUAUUUGACCUGAGGCUCAACAUGGACAGUGUUUGUUGAAGAAUAAAGAAAAUAAGUUGGACAGAAUUAAUAAAAAUGUCUGUAAAGUACAAAUGACAAGACAGUGAAUAAAUAAAAGAACAGCUGGUUACAAGAUGUAA